AUUCUACUCUAUAAGAAGCGGUUUUACGAGUUACUACGUAGAAUAGUUACGACCGCUAGAUAUAAUAUUAAGAAAUUCUAUAAACGUAGGCUUCUAGGGGAAUUAUUAGCUAAGCUUAAAGAAUUAAGUAACGAUAAGAAGCUUUUAGCUACUAAGAAGUUAAACUAUAGAAAGGCCUUAAUUUAA